CAACAAACGCUAUCAACAUAAAACGAACAUGCCUAAAUUCGGACAAGCCAUGGCGGUCUCCAUUGGAGCUUUAGCUGGGGGUGCGGCUGGGUUCUACUUUCUGGAGAUGUACAAGAUCAAAUCCAAGGAACAACGAUUAGCCCUGCUUUUAGAAAAGAAGCAAGAACUGGAAAGAAAAGAAGAGCCAUUAUAGACAUGACUUUUUUACAACCGCCUCCUCAUGCCAUACUGCGGAUCGCUCAUAUUCCAACUAAUCUUUCUUUCCUGAUCUCUAACAUUUUUUUGUUCAUGUAUACUUACCCUUUAUCCCUUUUUACAUUACAUUUUUUUCUCCCUCCCCGCCACCCAAUGAUAGACCAUUAGCAACUAUUCUGGAUUUUUUGAUCCGAGACUACUCUUCAUAAAUUUUCUUGCGAUUUUUCAUGAUGUUAUCUCAUGAAUGGCGUGUUGAAGUUUUAUCCUUCAAACGGAACGUGUCGUAUAUUGACGAUUAUAUUUCUUCCUUUCAACUAUAUAGAUAAAGUUAUGAAUAUCAUUUACCCAAUUGACC